AAGAACCCCAAAAAAUGAAGAAGUUCGCAUGCAAGCAGGCUUAGGAAGGAGAACAAUACAUCUACCAGAUGAUGCUGAUCAUGCACAGAUAGGCAAUUGUCUCAUAUAGACCCUACCCACGUGACGUCACAACUCCGCUCUCCUGAAUGGCGUGUGUGGCUGUUGGUUGCACUAACAGAGAAGAUGGAAGGAGAGACUUGAAGUUUUACCGUAUUCCGAGGGAUCCAAAGAGAGCGAAAUGGACGGCUGCAAUUCGACGUGAAAACUGGGCACCAAAAAAUCAUCACAGACUAUGUAGUAGUCAUUUUAUAUCCGGUAAGAUGCAUUUAAGAUAUACUUAGAGGGUUUUGGGCUGACAAAUAACCACAAUUAAGAUCAUUGCGAGGCUAAUCGCCGACAACAUACGACGUAGUACGACAUAGUUUCAAAUUCAAGAUGUUUGUGACUUCCCUUUCUUCCACCAUCGUUAUUUUUUGAAUAAUAUUUAGCUGGUACCAAAUAAAAGAAACUGGCCUCGUCUACGGGGCUGACAAAUAACCACAAUUAACAUCAUUGCGAGGCUAAUCGCCGACAACAUACGACGUAGUACGACAUAGUUUCAAAUUCAAGAUGUUUGUGACUUCCCUUUCUUCCACCAUCGUUAUUUUUUGAAUAAUAUUUAGCUGGUACCAAGUGAAAGAAACUGGCCUCGUCUACGGGGCUGACAAAUAACCACAAUUAAGAUCAUUGCUAGGCUAAUCGCCGACAACAUACACGUAUGUAUGUAGUGAGAGUGCUAUCGCUAAACCAUAUUAACAUUAAAAGCCUUAACUCCAAUGACAAACGACAUGAAAUACAUUAGACUUGACAGUGGAUGUUAGCAAUAACAAAAGAUUUUGAAUUGAAAAUUUCGUAACUCACCUUUCCAAGCACAAGAUAGAUUCCUGCCGAAUUUUCGUGGACGAGGACCUGUUUCACCCAACCAGCAACGAAGUAUUUAUAAGCCUCCAAGCUCUUGAAGUUUUUCAAAUUUUCGUGAGAAUAGGCUGAUUUUGUGUGGACAAGAUUAUUGUAAAUAUCAGCGUAGCAGAUGUCAGGCAGACAGGGCGAAGACAGUGGGUCGAAAAACAUCGAUUUGGGCAUCAAAUAUGGUAUGGCGACUGUAUAGACCGAUGCUUUUCCACAUAACGCCUUUUAUGCAACACAUCCAGUGAGUUUACGGCAUCAGAAAGCACCGGGUGUUCCAUGAAAUGCAUUUUAAAUUCCUCGAUCAAUUGAAAACAAUGCUAAUACAGAGACAAAAUGACGGACAAGUGGGCGGAACCACACAGCGAGCACGUGGUUUUGUGACGUCGGUGGGUAGGGUAUAUAUGGCGUAAAUUAAUCACAUUUUCGGCAGUUCCAGCAUCAUGGACAUUAUGCACUGUUUGACAUCCCAGUGCCACAGGGCUCGCCUCAGGGGUCAACACCAUGGAGGGUGAAACCCCUGGGCGGUGACCACCACACCUGCUGGCAACUGCCUUAUUAGGCAGCACCUGAAGAGGCAAUUGCAAUUAAGGCGAUUUCCCAUAUAUGAGUCUAAUCGGGCGGGAGGUACCCAGAGGAGAGACUGGAGCCGUGAACCCCAAUGAUGGAAGUUUUUGUUUUUAUGCUUAUUUUAUUUUAUUUUUUUUGUGUUGAAUAAAGGCAGGCCACAUCGCCCAGCGUGUCUGUCACCCAUCAUGCCAGUCCUCCUUCUAACUUCCGACAUUUACAAUUGAUGCAUAUUCCAAAUUUAAUGGUCUCAGUGGCUAUAUUUAUUGGGCAAAAUGUUCUUAAACUGAUCAGUUUUCGGAUUAAAAUAUAUACGAUUCCGAAAUCUCACAAUGGGUCCAUAGCACACACACACACACAAACAAAAGAAAGAAAAGAAUAUCGUACAUACAGAGACAUAGUAUUAAAGUGACAUUAAAGGAAAGAAAAACAGAACAUCAAGGGAGCACUGACUAUCAGUGCACAACUAACAGGCUUUUGUGCCAAUGGCGCCACAGGCUCGCACUAAAUCUAAAGCUGUUUGAAGGGUCUGUCAAAUUCAUUAAAAUAUUAUUUCCAGACUCAUUUAGCCGACAUGAAGCUGUACAUCCAUUUUCUUGAAAGCGCCUUAAAGAUAACCCGGGUUUUGUAUCAAGAAUACCCAAAACUUCGAGAAUUGCGCGGUGGAUGCCUCCUUCACAAGGCAACCGGUGGAAGUGGCCGAAGAACAACUACACCACUGCCCCAGGCAUCAACGGGCUACACAGCAAAAUCACUUAAGUCUUCUUCUAACAAUGGAAAGAAUACUGUAUAUAUAUUUCCCUUACAAGAACAUAUUGACACAACCCCCUUGCCAUUUGAUGCACCUGAAUUUGCCAACAUGCAAAAAAAUGCUUGUAUGACCUGUGGUACAUCAGUUCCCAUCCAGCUGCUCUCUCUUCAUAUUGAGUCCUGCCAUUGUGAAGAUUUGGAAACAUCCAAUCCAAUAGAAGAGAACCAAGAGUCAGCUGGCAAUAGUGUGGAUUGCUGUCCAAUAUGUGGAGAGCACUUUGAUUUAGAUUUGAUGCCCAUUCAUGCGAGUUCAUGUGGCGACAGCCUUCCUCACAAUCAAAUAACAUCACAGACUCCAGACACUGUUAAAAUCAGUGAUGACGAAAGACCGGGUACAAGUGCAUCAUUAACAAUCCUCCCACAAGGACCAUCUGUUAACACAAAUGAUGACUGGAAAACAGCUUUACCUUCGGAGAAGGCAGUAUCACUGUACAGAAUUCAAUUGCUGCAAGAUCAAGAAGAGAAACCUAUUCUUCGAUUUAAGCUGGAUCUGAGGGAAGAUGUUGAGGACCAGGAAGAGAGGCUCAUCACUUUUUAUAAAUGCUAUAAAGUGGACUGGACCAGACCAUUCCACUGCAGAUUGGCAGGUGAUGUAGCCAUUGGGGAGGGUGUCAAGCGCCAUUUUUUUAGCCUGGUGAUGCAGAAGUUGCAAACUGGUUUCUGCAUGGACUUUGGAAACAGAACGGGAACAUUGCUGUUUGAGGGACAGGCACAACACCUCAUUCCAUCGACAGCAAAGGUUUUUUUACAAAGUGACCUCUUUAUAAUGGCUGGGAGGAUGAUUGGCCACUCAUUUAUUCAUGGGGGCCCAAUGCUGUGCGGUAUCAGCCCUGCUAUACUUCACGUUCUUCUUGGUGGCUCGGUAGACACGGCAACCAUCGUUUUUGAAGACAUAGCCGACCUGGACAUCAGGGAAAUUUUGCAGGAGUUUUCAACAGAUGAAAUUUCAGAGGCACAAAAGGCAGCAGUCAACAACUUGGCUGUGUCUUGGGACCUUCCUGUAUUGACCUCAACAAACCGUGUUUGGCUACUGCAGAAUCUGCUGCAAAAUGCGGUUCUUGGAAGAACUGCUGCACAGAUUACACAGCUGAGACACGGGUUUAAAGAGACCCUGAUGUGGCCAAUGCUUGAGGCCAGGCCUGAUGUCGCUUCUGUGGUCUUUCCAAGCAGCAACAAUGCUGAGUGCAAUGCUCAGAUGGUCCUGCAAAAUAUAAUUUGGCCCACGGGAGAGGACGGUGGUAUUGACGUCCAGGUCCAAAUUGCUGCCUACCUACGUCAAUUUGUGGAGUCUGGGACUCAGGACGUAUUGAAAAAACUGGUGAAAUUCUGGGUAGGUUGGGAGGUGCCGCUGGAAGAGAUGAGAGUUGAGAUUGUUGAAGGAGAGUUUCCGACCUCUUCAACUUGCCUCCGUGUCCUACGCCUGCCCGGUCACUACGCAACUUUUGAUGACUUCCAACGGAGUUUGAUUAGUUGCAUUGACACAGUCGACUUCGGUUUUGGACUAGUUUGAUAAUUUAUGACCAUGUAUCCUGUUCGGCCAAAGUACUCUGUUGUACUAGAGCAGGGGUCAGCAACCCUGGUCCUUGAGUGCCACUA